GAAGCGCUGCAGGAAAGGCCUCCCCCCCUCUCUCUGGGCCCAAGAAGGCGAGAUACUGGGCCGCUCCAGCCAUGGUCGGAAUGCGAGCGCUGCGGAAAAGCAAGACGCUACAGUAUGGAGUCCCCAUGAUGCUACUUAUAAUUGGUGGGUCUUUUGGGCUCCGUGAGUUUGCCCAAAUUCGCUAUGAUGCUCAGAAGCUCCACAGCAAGAUUGAUCCAGCUCUGGCAGAAAGAAUCAAGAAGAAUAAAGUGACUCUGGAAUCGGAAUAUGAGUACCUGAGAAUGCUCAUCAGUAGUUUGGGUCCCACUACUUUGGAGAUCACAGAUGAGGAACCUGAGGUCUGGGAGAUCAAGGCUGCCCUCCCAGUCUACCUGGCCCUUGGGGACUCUCCACAGGUCACACCCCUCUUCUGAGCCACACACCCUCACC